GAUCCGGUAAUGGGAAGCCACCAGAGAGAUGUCUCUGUCCUCUGUAUUCCCGAGAUUAUACACAGGAAGGUCAAACCAUCCCUCACCAUCAUCAGGGUGAAGAACAGAUUAAUAUAAAAGCUGAGGUUAAAGAAGAAGAAAUAGAGACGUAUGUGGGGGGUGAUCAGCCAUUCACGGAGGAGGUUGGGAGGACUAUGAAGAGUGAACAGGAAGAAAUGUUUCCACCUAUCAACACAAAUGGAUGUGAUGUGAGGAAUUCCUCGGAGAGACAUCUUCUAUUAUCUGCUGAUUGUAAGUCAGAAGAUAAUGUCAUCACACAGGAUCCUCCAGGAGGAAAUCCAAAUACACAAAAUAUACAUCACAGACCUUCCUGUCCGGAGACAUCAAUGGAUCCCUCUGAUCAGGGGGAAUCUUCUCAUCAAUCACAGACUAUGAUUGUAAAUAUCCAUGUAAGAUCUCACACUGCAGAUAGAUCAACAGAACCUUCUAAUCCCGAGGAAUCUUCCUCACCCCAUGAAGGAGAUCACCGAGGUGACAAGCUAUUCUCAUGUUCAGAGUGCGGGAAAUCUUUCUCUCGGAAAGGUAAUCUUGGUAAACACCAGAAACACCACACGGGUGAGCGUCCUUAUUCAUGUUCAGAGUGUGGGAAAUCUUUCACUCAAAAAGCGGCCCUUGUUACACAUUUUAGAAUUCACACGGGUGAGCGUCCUUAUUCAUGUUCAGAGUGCGGGAAAUCUUUCUCUCAGAAAGAUAAUCUUGAUAGACACCAGAAACGCCACACGGGUGAGCGUCCUUAUUCAUGUUCAGACUGUGGGAAAUCCUUCAGUGAAAAAGAUAGUCUUGUUAGACACCAGAGAAUUCACACGGGGGAGCGUCCCUAUUCAUGUUCAGAGUGCGAGAAAUCUUACACUCAAAAAGCAGCCCUUGUUGCACAUUUUAGAAUGCACACAGGAGAACGUCCUUAUUCAUGUUCAGAGUGCGAGAAAUCUUUCAGUCAGAAAGGGGCCCUUGUUAAACACCAGAGAAUUCACACAGAUGAGCGCUGUUAUUCAUCUUCAGAGUGUGGGAAAUCUUUCACUCAUCAAGGAACCCUUGAUAGACACCAGAGAAUUCACACGGGUGAGCGUUCGUAUUCAUGUUCAGAGUGCGGGAAAUCUUUCACUCAUAAAGGAAGCCUUGUUGAACAUCAGAGAAUUCACACGGGUGAGCGUCCUUAUUCAUGUUCAGAGUGCGGGAAAUCUUUCACUCAUAAAGGAGACCUUGUUAAACAUCAGAGAAUUCAUACAGGUGUGCGUCCCUAUUCAUGUUCAGAUUGUGGGAAAUCUUUCAUUCAUAAGGGAGACCUUGCUAAACAUCAGAGAAUUCACACCGGCGUGCGUCCUUAUUCAUGUUCAGAGUGCGGGAAAUCUUUUAUUCUUAAAGGAGGCCUUGUUGAACACCAGAAAAUUCACACGGGUGAGCGUCCUUAUGCAUGUUCAGAGUGCGGGAAAUGUUUCACUCAGAAAGCAACACUUGCUGAACACCAGAGAAUUCACACGGGUGAGCGUCCUUUUUCUUGUUCAGAGUGCGGGAAAUGUUUCACUCAGAAAGGAAAACUUGCUGAACACCAGAAACUUCACACGGGUGAGCGUCCUUAUUCAUGUUCAGAGUGCGGGAAAUGUUUCACUCAGAAAGGAAAACUUGCUGAACACCAGAGAAUUCACACGGGUGAGCGUCCUUAUUCAUGUUCAGAGUGCGGGAAAUGUUUCACUCAGAAAAGAAAACUUGCUGAACACCAGAAAAUUCACACAGGUGAGCGUCCUUAUUCAUGUUCAGAGUGCGGGAAAUGUUUCACUCAGAAAGGAAACCUUGCUGAACACCAGAGAAUUCACACGGGUGAGCGUCUUUAUUCAUGUUCAGAGUGCGGAAAAUCUUUCUGUAAGAAAGAUUAUCUUGUAAAACACCAGAAAAUCCAGUGUAGUGUGGGCAUUGGCAGGAGAACUGUAUGUAGUGUGGAUAGUGUGCUGGGGACAACUGCCAAAAAAUAGUGAGGACAGUGGGGGGAUCUAUCGUAGAAUGGGCGGACAGUGGGAGGUAGGGGAUUCCUUUAAAACAUAUUACUGCCCCGUAGAGGUCACCACAAAGGCAUUAGGCAAAGGCACAGAAUAUCGUUGAUUGGCGGACUUUUUGACAACAGUCAAAGCAGAUUCCUGUGAUACCAGCCAGAGGAAUUGGAGCUGAUGUUCCUGCACACAGCCUUGCUUUUUAUUCAUCUUGGACGUUCCUGCUACCCAUGCUGAUUUUAAAGAAUUUAACUGUAUGUGUGCUAUUUUGUUCUCUCAAUAAAUGUAUUUUGUCAUGUUAAUGA